CCUUUGUACCCCUUUACAAUAGCCAAGCGCAUAAUUUAUUUAAACUAGGAGUUCAGUAGAAGCUAGGUGUUUGCCAAUUAACAGUUACAGCAGCUAGCAGUUAUUUCUAGAGUCGAAAUUCCAGAGGCCUACAUCAAGGAUUCCAACAAGGAUUCCACAUUCCUUCAUAUUCGCCAGUAGUAAGAUGUAUUCAACAAUGGUCAUUGAAGAACCCAAACAGCAACUCAUUGCCGCAGACGAAGAUGCUCCGGAGUGCAGCUAUUGCUCCGUCAGACCGCCGUGUCUUCAACGCUUCGCACGGCCAGCUUUCUUCGUUGUCGUUGUCAGCAUGUUCCUCUUUGCCGAUAGUUUUAUCGUCGGGGUGAUCCAGGGGACGAUAACCACAACUGAACACCGGUAUCAGUUCAGUCUCGGUCAGAUUGGCCUGUUAAUGGCAGGCUUUUCCGUAGGCGGCGUCAUUGGCAACGUGCUCGUGAUCUUAUUCUUCAGUAAACCGGAUACCAAUCGACCACGCCUACUGGGAAUAUGUUCCCUGAUGAGUGGUCUUGCGACUUUUGUAGAAAUCAUCCCACAGUUCAUUCAAGAUCCAUACGUUCCUGCAGGUUUUGAGGCUACCAACGACACAGAGGACGCGUUUCAGCAGGUACAGAUGCUGUGCAUGGCAGACAAGUCGGGGGCAGACUGCACAGACCAGCCGGCUGAGACUGUGUCUCCUAACCAGGUUGCUUUCUACAUUAUGCUGUCAAGCACACUGCUUGAAGGUGCAGUUGUCAUGAUCAUGUACCCAACAGUGUACGCAUACAUCUCAGAAAAUACAACUCCAAAACAUACGGCCUUUUAUACAGGUGUAUGGGGAGCUGUGAGUGGCCUGUCACCAGUGGCAGGCAUCUUCGCGACUGCGGCAUUUCUUGGUCUGUGGGUAGACUUCUACAGAAUCCCCUCAUCAGCCGUGCCCGUGACUCCCGAGGACAGGGCGUGGGUGGGAGCAUGGUGGCUGGGCUACCUUGUUGCUGCAAUCUUGUAUGUGCUACCAGCGUUGCCCCUCUUUGGAUUUCCCGUGGUGAUGAGAAAGUCCUGUACCAACGCCGAAGGCAGCGACAGCGUCAGUGGAGAUGACGGGGACACGGAAAACAAGAGUGGGACACAGUUCCCCAAAGGAGAAACUUCGAGUGGUAGUUUGUCGACGUUGUGGAAGGUGUUGAAAAACCGUGACUGCAUGCUGACAUGCCUGUCCCAAGGUGGUGCUUCCCUUCUUGUGUUUGGCUAUGGUGCCUUCGUUCCCAAGUACCUGGAAAUUCAGUUUGAGGUGGAAACCCGACUUGCCGACAUCCUGACAGGUUGUCUUCUAGCUCCUGCAUACGCCGUCGGCUUCAUGCUGGCUGGUUCCCUCGUCAAACGAUUCAACAUUCAAUACCGGGGCCUAGUCUCCCUCUCGUGCGUCGCACUGGCUCUCGGCGUCGCUGGCCUUACGGCGAAUGUGUUCAUUGGUUGCCCAAAUGAGAAUGUUGCCGGUGUCUUCACGCCAUACAAGGGACAAAGCCAGCUUGAUUUAGAGGCGCCCUGCAACUCGGACUGUGAAUGUUCUUUGUCUGCGUACUCACCUGUAUGCGAUGGCCAUGGGAUCACCUAUAUAUCAGCCUGCCACGCAGGAUGCCAACUCGUCACUGAGCAGAAUCAUGAAUAUGGAAAUUGUUCAUGCUUAGCCACUGGACCAACAAACCUAAAUGGUACACUUCUGGCGGUUGAGGGCGCUUGUGACAGUCAUUGCAUCUCCUAUGCACCGUACCUGGUUUUGCUGACUGCAGUACUGCUGUUUGCGCAGUUCGCACAGCUCAUGCGUUUUAAUAUCGUCAUGAGAUGCGUUUCAUCAGCAGAAAGGCCUGUGGCUCUGGCAAUCCUAUAUCUUGCCGGUCUAAUCGCUACUAUCCCAGCUAGUUAUAUGUUUGGCGCCCUCAUCGACACCGCCUGCGUGGGAAGGCAACAAACGUGUUAUGGCCAAGGAGCAUGUUUUCUGUACGACAAGGUCUGGUACCGCUACACCUUCAACGGCGUGGCAUUGGGGUUUGCGAUCAUAUGUCUUGGCUCCAUGCUCAUUGUAUGGAAGUUUCCUUCGUACACAAAUAAAGAUGCCAAUGAUGACGUGAAGGGGAAUGAAAAUGAAGCAAGCACUCACAACCAGCAGAUAUAACAAAUGUUGCCUAUUUUGGGAAAACGUAAUCUUGCUCCCGUAUUUCAGCUUGAUUGUGUGGUUUAAAUAAGUAAUAUGAAAAUGGAUACAUACAUAUGUAUUUUCGAAUGAAUGGGUAUUCAAUUUUAAUUAUAAAUCUCCUCGGGAUGCAAUUCAUUACUAGUGAUGAUCACAGUAAAAGGGAGUCACAAUAAGAUAAAUCCGAUACUUAUGGGCGAGUAUAAAGUGUUUUGGUCAAACAAUUUGUGAACCUUUAUUUUGUCCUGGUCGCCAAUAUCCCUCGCCUUUAAGCUUUGGUUCGGGUAAUUAUCAAUCUCAUUACAUGUAUAAGCUUUUUGUGUUGAGAUUAUGUCGUUAAAACGUGCCUUCAGUCUGCGUUUAAUUUGAAUUGAUUUUUAAUUGAUGAUUAUUCAAGGAGUAUUUCGCCUCCCCCUUACACAGUGAUAAGGGUUGACAGCGUUUCGAUUUUAACACUAAAAUAGCCGGGUUAUUUUAACCAUCUCACAGCCGGGGGAGGAAUCCGCCCCCUAAGAUCUCGGCCAUCGACCGACGAAAAAUUAUGAAACUCGGUACAUACAUAGAGCAACUUAUCAUAAACAUAUAGCCAAGAAAUGUCAUGACUAUAGGUCAAAGGGUUUGGGAAU